AUGGCGACCCAGAAACAACAGGGAAACAAGCUGGAGGAAGGACCAACCGUCGGGAAACGAGCGACGGCCGGCGGAGAUGGGCGAACGCCGGCAUAUGCGUUAAGGCCCCCACAUUAUGCACUCACCGACAUGACGGAGAAAGUCAACACAAGCCUGGUCACCCAGGGAUGGGUUGGUGAUAAGCCGUGCCAGGUGACAGUGGACACGGGAGCAUACGUCACGGAAGUAAGACUGGAUAUCGCCGCCGGUUGGCCUGAAAGACAGCCAAAUCCAGAUUUCUCGCUGCAGACCGUGUCUGGAGGAUCCCUGCCCAUACUGAAUGAAGUUCUGUUGACUCUUACCCUAGGGCGCCAACCUAUUACGAUGUGGGUUUUCGUCGCGAAUAUCACCGAUGAGCUCAUCCUGGGACUGGACAUACUGCGCGCCUACGAUGCUUCCGUGGAUAUAGGGCGCCAAACUCUCCGUCUGGCGGAAGAAGAGGUAUCGUUAUGGAGUCCUGGGGUAGGACCCCGUCCUUCUAGCUUACUAGUGGCAAAGGACCUAGUGAUACCCGCACGGAGCGAGGGAAUAGUGAUGGCUAGAAUGGAGAAUCAUCUGGGAGUAGAGAAUGGCCUAGUAGAACAAAUUCCCCAGGCCCACCCGCCUGAAGGAAUCUACGUAGCCAGGACCCUAGUUCAGGACUGUCAAGAAGUACCAGUGAGGGUCAUGAAUGUUACCCACAAGAACCAAAAGCUCAGAAGAGGAUCUCCUCUGGCGCACUGUGAGCCAGUAACACUCGUGGCUUUGCCCGAGAUGAGGCAGCCACCAGCACCAGGUCUAACACCGAAAUUAGCAGACGGGACCACAGCCGCCAAGCCACACCUAAGCCCAGAAGAAUUUCAGGAGUUAGAGGAUCUCGUGUCCGAGUACGCCGACAUAUUCGCACAAGACAACGAAGAUUAUGGAAGGACAAACAAAGUAUAUCACCGCAUAGACACGGGAGACGCCCGGCCAAUUCGGCAGCCACUGAGAGUACCCCUGGCAAAACAAGCAGAAGGCAUCUACAAACUGUCCCUCAGCUGGAUUAUUGUCCAAACCAGACUACGAACGAAUAGCUUCAAGUGUGUUCACAAGGUGAUCAUCAAAUAG